UGAGAGAAUCUCCUCGAGAUGCCCAGCCUAUGACCAGGGGUGCUGACAGAGCUCUUUAUGGUGUGAAAUCAGUCAAGAGCCAGAAAAUGGCUACAGCAUUAGAACCGGAGGACCAAGACCUUUGGGAAGAAGAGGGAAUUCUGAUGGUGAAAUUGGAAGAUGAUUUCACCUGUAGGCCAGAGUCUGUCUUACAGAGGGAAGACCCUGUACCUGAGACCUCGCACCAGAACUUCCGACGAUUUCGCUACCAGGAAGCAGCAAGCCCUCGUGAAGCUCUCAUUCGACUGAGGGAACUCUGCCAUCAGUGGCUGAGACCAGAGAGGCGGACAAAGGAACAGAUCCUUGAGCUGCUUGUGUUAGAACAGUUCCUCACUGUCCUGCCUAGAGAACUACAAAGCUGGGUGCGGGGGCAGCGACCAGAAAGUGGAGAGGAGGCAGUGACACUGGUGGAGGGUUUGCAGAAACAGCCCAGGAGACCAAGGCGGUGGGUGACCGUCCAUGUUCAUGACCAGGAAGUCCUGUCAGAGGAGUCAGUGCAUCAAGGAGCAGAGCUUGAGUCACCAAGUGAGCUGCAAAACCCUGUACAGACCUCGGCCCCUAACGAAUCCCAUGAGGAGACCACACAGAGUUCAGAUCUGGGGGCACCUGAAGAGCAGAGCCCAGGUCCUGAAGAGGAGUUCCAAACCCUGCAGGAGAGCGAGUCUCCAGGGCUCCAGGACCCAGACCUUCCUGAAGAGAGGACCACAGGGGACCCAGAGAUGGUGGCCCUUCUCACUGCUCUAUCACAGGGACUCGUAACUUUCCAGGAUGUGGCUGUGUGCUUCUCUCAUGACCAGUGGAGUAAUCUGGAUCCAACACAGAAAGAGUUCUAUGGCGAAUACGUCUUUGAAGAAGACUGUGGAAUUGUGGUUUCUCUGUCAUUUCCAAUCCCCAGACUAGAUGAGAUCUCCCAGGUUAGAGAGGAAGAGUCUUGGGUCCCAGAUAUCCAAGAGCCUCAAGAGCGUCAAGAGACAGAAAUCCUGAGUUUUACCUACACAGGAGAUCAGAGUGAUGAUGAAGAAGAGUAUCUUGACAAAGAAGAUCUGAGUUUGGAGCAUCUCCAAAGGUCUAUUUUAGAAGAUCCAGAAAUUCACCAGACUCCUGAUUGGGAAAUAGUCUUUGAGGAUAAUCCAGGUGGACUAAAUGAGAGGAGAUGUAGUACAAAUAUUUCUCAAGUUAAUAGUUUCAUGAGUCUCCAGGAAAACAUGCCUUUCCACCCCCUGUUAGGGAGACAUCAUGACUGUUCUGCAUGUGGAAAAAGCUUCACUUGUAAUUCCCACCUUGUUAGACAUCUGAGAACUCACACAGGAGAGAAACCCUAUAAAUGUAUGGAGUGUGGGAAAAGUUACACACGGAGCUCUCAUCUUGCCAGGCACCAAAAGAUUCAUAAGAUGGGCACUUACAAGUUUCCCUUAAGCCGGAAGAAUAUGGUUGAGACCUCCCCUCUGAUCCAGGCUGAGAGAACUGCAGCUAUGGAGAAACCCUAUAGAUGUGAUGAUUGUGGGAAACAUUUUCGCUGGACUUCAGACCUUGUCAGGCAUCAGAGGACACAUACAGGAGAAAAACCCUUCUUCUGUACUAUUUGUGGCAAAAGCUUCAGCCAGAAAUCUGUGCUAACAACACACCAAAGGAUCCACCUGGGAGGCAAACCCUACUUGUGUGGAGAGUGUGGAGAGGACUUCCAUGACCACCGACGGUAUCUGGCACAUCGGAAAGUGCAUGCAGCUAAGGAGCUCUAUCUCUGUAGUGAGUGUGGGCGAUGCUUCAACCACAGUGCAGCCUUUGCCAAGCACUUGCGAGGACACGCAUCAGUGAGGCCUUCCCGGUGCAGUGAAUGUGGGAAAACCUUCAGUCGGAGGGACCACCUUGUCAGGCACCAGCGAACACACACUGGUGAGAAACCGUUCACAUGCCCAACCUGUGGAAAAAGCUUCAGUAGAGGAUAUCACUUAAUCAGGCAUCAAAGGACUCACUCAGAAAAGAGCCCCUAGCUAGACCCUUGUAUAAGGAUAUCAACAGUCACCCUUUACCUAUGGGUGGGCUUGAAGAAGCCUUUUUGUCAGCCUGGGAGACCUUUUCUAGGGAAUCUC